GCCACUGGAGAGUUGUUUGUUAUUUCUUUAGCGCUCGUUUUUGGUGAUUUCUCCAUGACAAAAAGUGUAGAAUUGUAAUUAUUUAGUGUUAAAAGUAGUUGAAUGUCCAUGAAAAAACGAGUGCCUUCGGUUUGUGAUGAUAAUUUAAUCAUAGAGAGUCAAUAAUUGACAUUUGAAGAGUUGAGUUGUUGGUUUGUGUCGAGAAUCUCCACGAGAAACGCAGGAACAAUGAGUGAGCCAAGUUCGCCUCCUCCCCGCAGUCGCCAAGACGCUCCCACGUCCCCGGCCCCCGAGAUAGACGAGCCCUUCGAGGACGAGGGUGACCUCCUCGGUGACGACGCAAUGUCCCAAGAAGACAUAGUCAACGAUGAGGAAGCCGACGGCGAGGAGCUGUUCGGCGACAACAUGGAGGCGGACUAUCGCCCCAUGCCGGCCCUCGACCGUUACGACCGCGCCCUGAUGGACGACGACGAGUACUCCGAGCUCUCCCAGGGUGACCGAGCAGCCGCGGAGGCCGCCAUGCGCAAGCGUGAUCGUGCCGCGGGGAUCUUUCGCGAUGACCGCGACCUCCUCUACGAAGACUCCGACGAGGACGACACCCAGGCAACAAAACGCAGACGAGCAGAGAAGGCAGCAACCGGUGAAGUCGAGGACUCCGAGAUGAUCGAGUCCAUCGAGAACCUGGAGGACACCAAAGGCCACAGUGUGAAGGAAUGGGUGAUGAUGCUGGGUCCAAGAACGGAAAUCACAAAUCGCUUCAAGAACUUCCUCCGUACCUACACAGACGCCAAAGGCCACUGCAUGUACAAGGAGCGAAUCCGUCACAUGUGCGAGAGCAAUCAGUCGUCUUUCGUGGUAGAAUUCCCAGUCCUCGCUAGCAAGGAGCACGUCCUCGCGUACUUCCUGCCAGAGGCGCCCUUCCAAAUGCUCGACAUCUUCGACGCAGUGGCUAAGGAGCUCGUCCUGACCAUCUUUCCAAGUUACGAGCGUGUGACCUCUGAGAUUCACGUGAGAAUCUCCGAGCUCCCACUGAUCGAGGAGCUCAGAACCUUCAGGAAACUCCACUUGAAUCAGCUUGUCAGAACUCUUGGGGUUGUCACAGCGACCACUGGUGUCCUCCCACAGCUGUCUGUCGUCAAGUACGAUUGUACCAAGUGUGGAUACGUCUUGGGGCCAUUCGUCCAGAACCAGAAUACGGAGGUCAAACCUGGAUCUUGCCCCGAGUGCCAGAGUGUGGGGCCCUUCAUGGUGAACAUGGAGCAGACGAUCUACAGGAACUACCAGAAAAUUACUGUGCAAGAGUCACCGGGGAGAAUCCCAGCGGGUAGAAUACCCCGAAGCAAGGAUUGUAUUCUGCUAGCUGACCUUUGCGAUCGAUGCAAACCUGGGGAUGAGAUUGAUCUCACUGCGAUCUACACAAACUCUUAUGAUGGAUCUCUCAAUACUGAACAGGGAUUCCCGGUUUUCUCUACUGUAUUAUUGGCGAAUCACGUUUUCGUCAAGGAUUCGAAGGAGAUUGUUGAUUCUCUCACUGAAGAGGACAUCUCGAGCAUUCUGAAGCUCUCGAAGGACCACAGAAUUGUCGAGAGGAUCAUUGCGAGCAUCGCACCAUCGGUUUAUGGUCAUGAGUACAUUAAGAGAGCACUUGCUCUUGCCAUUUUCGGAGGGGAGUCGAAGAACCCCGGGGGGAAACACAAGAUUCGAGGGGAUAUCAAUGUGCUUUUGUGCGGAGACCCGGGUACCGCCAAGUCGCAGUUUCUCAAGUACACGGAGAAGAUUGCGCCGAGGGCAGUGUUUACGACGGGCCAGGGGGCGUCGGCUGUUGGGUUGACGGCUUAUGUGAGGAAAUCACCGGCUACCAGGGAGUGGACUCUCGAGGCUGGGGCUUUGGUGCUCGCUGAUCAUGGGAUUUGCUUGAUUGAUGAGUUCGAUAAGAUGAAUGAUCAGGAUAGGACGUCCAUUCAUGAGGCGAUGGAGCAACAGAGUAUUUCGAUUUCUAAGGCUGGGAUCGUUACGUCCCUGCAUGCCAGGUGUUCGGUCAUUGCGGCUUCUAAUCCGAUUGGGGGAAGAUACGACGCCAGCAUGACCUUCUCCGAGAACGUGGACCUCUCGGAGCCGAUCGUCUCCAGAUUCGACAUCCUCUGUAUCGUCAAGGACGAAGUAGACCCAAUGCAGGAUAGACACCUAGCCAAAUUCGUCGUCAACUCCCACAUCAAGAACCACCCCACCAAUGAAGAGAGGAAUCUCCCUGAGGAACUCCUCGACAACACUGCAGUCGAGGACAUCUCCAUCCCCCAGGACCUUCUGAAGAAGUACAUCGUGUACGCAAAGCAGAACAUUCAUCCCAAGCUGACGAACGUUGACCAGGAUAAGGUCGCCAAAUUGUAUUCCCAGUUGAGGCAGGAGAGUUUGGCCACUGGAAGUCUUCCCAUCACAGUCAGACACAUCGAGAGCAUCAUCAGGAUGUCCGAGGCAAGUGCUAAGAUGCACCUCCGAGACUAUGUCCGAGAGGAUGAUGUCAAUCUGGCGAUAAGGAUGGCGCUGGAGAGCUUCGUCGACACCCAGAAGUACUCGGUUAUGAAGAGCAUGAGGCAGACCUUCCAGAAGUAUCUGACUUUCAAGAAGGAUCACAGUGAGCUGUUGUAUUAUAUCCUGAGACAGAUCACACUGGAUACUCUGGCGUUCCAGAAGGCUGUGAGGGGAACCAGGGUGACCACUAUCGAAGUCCCUGAGAAAGAUCUCGCCGACAAAGCUAAGAGAAUCGAUAUUCAUAACUUGCAACCGUUUUACGAGAGCCCUGUUUUCAAGAACAAUAACUUUGUUUAUGAUUCGAGGAGAAAGGUCAUUGUGCAGACACUUCCUGAUGCUGAGGAGUGAUUUCAGGGGAUAUUUAAGAUGAUGAUGAUGAUAAUGCUUGUGAAUAGUUUGGAGCCUUUUUUAAUAAAUUUUUUUCUUACAUAAA